UUUUGUAGUCUGGAGAGCGUGGAUGAGCAUGAGAAAAAUGAAUGAAACAUCGCUUAUAUAAAUACCAAGACUGAGACUGCGUUAGCUGCACCAUCGUACCAACUUAGCGCGGCCGAAUUGCAGAUCAGACUCACAGCUAAUGGUUGCCAGCUAGCCAAUGGGACUAUUUGACAAGCUGGUCGGAUGGCUGGGGCUAAAGAAGGAGGUAAAUGUGCUGUGCCUGGGUCUGGACAACAGUGGCAAAACCACCAUCAUCAACAAACUCAAGCCAUCCAAUGCCCAGGUACAAGACAUUGUUCCAACGAUUGGCUUCAGCAUAGAGAAGUUCAAGACAUCCAGUCUUUCGUUUACUGUCUUUGACAUGUCCGGUCAAGGCAGAUACAGAAAUCUUUGGGAACAUUACUACAAGGAAGGGCAGGCUAUCAUAUUUGUCAUCGACAGUGCAGACAAGCUAAGAAUGGUUGUGGCCAAAGAAGAACUGGACACAUUAUUAAAUCAUCCCGACAUUAAACACAGGAGGAUCCCCAUCCUUUUCUUUGCUAACAAGAUGGAUGUCAGAGAUGCUCUGUCUUCUGUCAAGGUGUCACAGCUGCUCUGUUUGGAGAACAUCAAAGACAAACCCUGGCACAUCUGUGCCACAGAUGCCAUUAAAGGAGAAGGGUUACAAGAAGGAGUCGACUGGUUGCAAGAUCAAAUUAUACAAUCAAAUCAAAACAAUGAGAACGUGAGCGCAUGAGGAGCGACCACCGGAACCACCAGCAGGAUUCACUGAUGUUUCUGUGCAAGACUGGAAGAUUUAAAAAGGCUUGCUGUUUCUGAUAACAUGUUUAGAGGAGUCUUUGAAGUGUUUAAUGCAAAAAAAAAAAAAAAAGACACACAGACAGAAAGCAAACGCACCAGUGGUAAGAGAAACUCACAAAAAGUAGCUACUGUAUUUGGCAACUGCUUUUUUUGUCCUGUGCAGUUUUCAAGGUUUACUAAAUUUAAUUAAUAUUCCAGUAAAUGUCUUUGUAUAAUAAGUACAUCAUGCUCAGACUAUAGCUAUUCUGAAACCAUUCUGUCCCCUCAUAUACAAUAGCUUUAUUUAUGUGACUUAAACUAAAAGCUUUUUUUCCUUUUCAUAUUUGAAUCUGGCUUAACAUCCAAGCUUUUUUAAGUGUCAGGUCCUGAGCUAUUUAUUAUAGACCACUUGCCAAAUGUUCAUUUCGCUUUUUUUUUUUUUUUUUUGUAUUGAGUCUCUCAGGUUUUCUGUAAAUGCAUUCUGGUUUUUAAUAAUUAUCAUUACUUUCCUUUCAAUUCCUACUUCACAGGAAAGAGGCAAAAUCUAUUUCAGACAGUUGCCUUUUUCAAACUUGCAUAGAUGGCUGCCUUAUGGUAACAUUUACAGCAGCUGUUCUGUCUUCAUUGCAGCUAAUUUGAAAUGCAGCGCAGCUCACUUUUUAGCAAAUUUUCUCUACGCACAGUAAACAUAAAUAAAAAAUGGUAAAAAUGAAUAAAAAAUUAAGUUGAAAUAAACAAAUAGGAUUGUAACAAACUGAGCUGUUUUGAAGAUAGUAGUUUAUUUUUGAUAAUACUAGUUUAAUCUAGUAUGUUAAGAAAUAGUCAGAGCAAGGCUCUGCAAACCUAAAUUCCAGCUACUCUUCUUUCUGGCCUUAUUUCAUUCCUAACGAACAAGAUGUAAUCAUGCAAAAUGCUACUUUCGGUUUACUCUCAGUACUUCAAUGAAUCAAAGGCCGACCAGAAAGCAUACAAUUGCAGUCUGUACAAAGAUUUUUUUUUAGCAACUCUUUGAUCUGUUCACAUAGGCUGUCUGACCUAGAGCUUGAUGUAAAAUCAGCUUGUUUUGUCUAUAUUAAGCUGUGUAAAUUCAACAAAGCUUUAUGAAAAUGUGUUUUUUUUUUUCUUUUAUUGAGUCUUUUGGGGCAGAAUAAAUUUAUAUUUUCAUUAUCCUGUUUAAGAAUAUGUGUUAGCUAUCCAUCCAGGCAUAUUUUGUAAAAAUUCUGGUUACAUUUAUUUGACAGCAAUAAUCAGAUCUUAAUGCACCAUUAAGUUUAAAUCAACACCUUUCUUCUUUUUAGUCCUUAAUUUAUACUCUGUAAAAGCUUAACAUUAACAUUUUUUGUUUGUUCGUUUGAUUUCUUAUUAUGCAAAAGCACCAAAUGCAAACAAAAAGUACUUUCUCUACACCCCACACCCCACACCCCCUCCCAACAUGGGUGCAAUCCUAACCUAAAAAGCAAGACAUAGCUUUAGACAUUAAAGUCAAAAUCGUUUAAACUGCCCCCCCCCCCACCCCUCAUGUCUUCAUGAUUCAGACCAUUAACAUCAUCUAUUGAAUUUAUGCUACUUGUUGUGAAUUUUAUUCUGAAACCAGUAAAACAGAAAAGACACUCAGACAAAACUUGUACGGUUUUGUUUAGGCAAUUAAAAAACAAACAAUAUUUCAAAGUCUGUCAUAGUGGCAAGACAAAUAAAGUAUGUUUGAAUUUAUAUUAGAUGUGUAAAGUUUUAUAUCUGAUGGUCAGAUGCUGUUUUUGUUUCCGUAAGAUAUGUUUGGUUUGCUGUAAGAAGUUUAGUCAGUGUCCUGUAGUCAUCUCAGUUCAUAUCAGUAUGUCGACAGAGUCCUCAUGUGUAAAAACUGAUUUAAGCACCGUUUCAUUUUUACCUUCCUUGCUCAAACUGCAUCUUUCAAAGGCCUGUAUGGAUUUCCUUUCAUUCUGUGUUUUCAUGUUCAAGUAAUAGACUUUGUGGAGACUAAAUUUCGUGCCCAGGUCUGAUGUUCAUAUGUUAUACGUUAUCCCAAACCUUGCCUCUCUUUCAAGCUCUCUUCCUCUUAUUCACUCUCUUUUCAGACAUCUUGGGAGCUGCCAGCAACAGCUGCUCAUUAAACCACCGGUCUUUGGGAUCCGAAUUGUUUAUUCGAUUCAAUGUAAUCAGUCAAGUUACAUGUAUUAAAAUGUUUUCUCUGCAA